AUCGACAACAAAGCUAUUGCUAUAAGAAUUGGCUUGCUGGCUGCUACGAGGGAAGAUGUGCAUCUAAUUCAUGUUGAAGCUGAAGCUGAUGCUGAUGGUUUGAUUCAUAUUUUAGAAAAACAAAAAAGGGGGUGGAGACGAGUGAUCGUCUUGUCACAAUAGCCAUAGUUUCAUGCUUAUACAGAGAAACUAGUCCUUCGGAUGCACACAAUUUUGAUUUGAGCUGGGAAUGGUUGUGGAAGGAGCGACGCCGUGGAAGAAGUAAGAGGCGGUCGUCACGUCGGAAGUGUUGGUGAUAUAUAGCAGCUGAGAGUAUAUCUUCGGAAAUGGAUCCGCUGACUUGGGCUGUGCUGAGCAACUACCUGGCGUCUUUGUGCAAGGAUCUGACGUCCGCUGCCUUCCAAGCAGCGAUAACAGCCAUCAGCAAGAAUCGAGGAUCCAACAGUAUGGAUAUCGUACAUGAGUUCGAUAACCUGACGAAGGAGCUCAGGAGCAUUCAGUCCUUUCUACGUGACAUGGAGCAUAGCAAACUCGACAGCGAGUCCCUGGUGAAUUGGGUGGAGGAGGUGAAGGAAGCAGCGCGGGACUUCGAAGCCAUGACGGAACAGAUCGUCUACUACGCUCAUGCACUGGUGUGGGAUAAAUCAUGGAGGUCGAAGGCCUAUGCCUACAUUAGCAGCUAUUUGCCCAAGCUCAAAGAAGAAUUGGUAAACAAUAUUCCACAAAGAAGAGACCGAUACCUGAAACCAAGCUUGGUGCGCAGAGAAGAACAAAGCUGCAGCAGUGGCCGUCAGAUGAGGCAGCCCCAUGAGGAGCUGCCUCACGAAACCAUGUGCACUGACGUCGUGGGAAUGGAACAAAACGAAGCCACAGUCAUCCCAUGGCUCCUGGGCGAGACUGACAAUUCCCAGAGGAACAUGGUGAUUUCGAUUUGUGGUAUGGGCGGCCUGGGCAAGACUUGCCUGGCCAGGAGAGUCUACAACGACCAGCUUGUCAGGAGACACUUCGAUUGCUUCGCUUGGGUUUCCAUCUCCAAAACCUACAACGCUGAAGAGCUGUCGCGAAGCAUCAUAAGGCAGAUCAUAGGCACGCGCGAGGUGCAGGCGACACCAGACGAGCUCGACCGGAGCAGCAGAGCAGCCCUACUAGGCCUACUCGACCAGUGCCUUCAUCAGAACAGGUACGUGAUCGUGUUAGAUGAUGUGUGGAGCAGAAACGCAUGCAAUGAAUUUUCUUAUCUCCUGCAAAACGGUAAAAUCGGCAGUAGGGUCAUCGUCACCACAAGAGACCACCACGUAGCUGCCUCACUAUCCCUUGACAGCCAUAUCUUGAACCUCCAGCCUUUGCCUGAAUCCGAAGCUUGGUCUCUUUUCUGCAAGAAGGCUCUCUGGACGGAUCCUAAUAAGUCUUGCCCCAGAGACUUAGAGUUGUGGGCUCGAAGAAUCGUAGCAAAGUGUGAUGGCUUGCCUUUAGCUAUCCUAACACUAGGAAGCUUGAUGUCGUCCCAAGAUCGGAGUUCUUUGACUUGGAAACACUUCUACCUUGGUAUCAGCUCACAGUUGAGCAACAACGAGAUGCUCGUAACCAUGUCGCGCAGCUUGAUGCUUGGCUACGAUGAUCUACCUUACCAUCUUAAGCAGUGCUACUUGUACUGUGGCAAUGUCUUCCCUGAGAGCCGCAUCAUCAAGAAAAAUUGGCUCCUCAGGUUGUGGGUAGCGGAGGGACUCGUGGAGGACAAACGUGGAAUGACAUCGGAGGAAGUCGCAGAGGGCUACUUCGAUGAGCUGAUCCUUCGUAGCAUGCUUCAAGUGGCGAGGAAGGAUGAAUCCGGCAAAGUCAAAGCCUGCCGAAUGCACAUCCUCAUGAGAGAGGUAUCCCUAUGUGUAUCCAAAGCCGACAAACUCUGUGCGGUUUUUCAUGAGGAAGGUGUGACAGAAGAUGAAGCCAAAGCGCGUCGCAUAUCCGUCCAGAAAAGCAUUGAGAAACUCCCCGCUGUCCGGCAUGAGGACGAGACCCUGUUAUCUCGCCUUCGAUCGCUUCUUUUCUUCGUUGAUGACGAAGCUUCUGCUGCUGCUCUCCUAAGCAGCCUAACUCACUUGUACUUACUGGAUUCUCAGCUGGAGGCUACCUGCAACCCCAUUCCUCAUCUUGAGAAACUAGAAAGUUUGGUGCACCUGACGUUGCUAAGGGCAUACAACAGAGCGCGGCUGUGCUUCCGUGCUAACACGUUCUUGCGUCUGAAGUCACUUAACAUUGCAGAGUUGAAAUGCCUGAGUCAGCUGGACAUGGAGAAAGAUGCUCUGCCGAGCUUAUCUUUGCUGCAUCUUAGCCGCUGCGGAGAUCUACAGGGAGAAAGACUUCAUGGCAUCGACAACCUUCCCGCUCUCCGCCAUCUAUACUUGCAAGAUAUGCCUGAAAGCCUUAUGUCGAGCCUUGGAGGAGACCAUCGACUGAAGGCGAGCACUGGCUGGGAGUCUAUCUCAAAGUCGAUGUCGUGGCUUUGACACAGAGGGCGGCACCUUCGGAUCCCAUGACUGAAGCCAAGACCACGAUGUUAUUCCUAUUACUAUAUUUGCUCUUUGCUCAGUGAUAUUGUGUGUGGACUUGUUUUAUUUUUCUGCCUUGUCUGAAGAAUAACAGCAGAGCAUGUUGUUGUGUUGUACGUUGCUUCUGCUGAUUUGUGUUUUUCUAUCGCCUGUAAGUUGUAAUAUUUGUAUCUAUAGUUGCAAGGAGCAAAUGUUUGUGUUA